CAUUUUCACACUCCACACAGCCUUGACCAAAACAAAAACACACCCACAUUUUUAAUGCUUUUCCAAUUUUAAGAGAGAGAAAAUAAAAUUCAAGAAAUUCAAGAAAUUCAAAAAAUAAUGGCACUGCAUUUCCACUCCUUCUCCCUCUUCCUGCUAUGUCUUUCUGUUGCAACUCAGACAACAGCUGAAAUCUUGACUGUCCACUCAAACCACAACAAUCCUGCUUCUUCUUCUUCCAUGGCUGUUUCAGUGAACAACAACCAAGAACUCACCGAGGUUGCAACCAGUGUUUUAAUGGCGGAAACAUGGUUAAGAAACCAUGUUUUACCUUAUUACCCUUCUUUCAACAUUACCCACAUUGUUGUCGGACACAAUCUCCUCUGUUCUUUCCAAACCCACCAACAAUUUCACCAAUAUUUUUUACCUGCACUCAGAAAUCUUCACCAUUCUCUCAUCAGAUGGGGUUUACAGUCACAAAUCAAGGUUUCCCCCUCUUUUUCAUCCCACUGUCUGCAAUUAUCCCCUGAUUCAGCUUUCUCUCUCCUCCAACCUCUUCUACAGUUCAUCCAUUUCACCAACUCUUCUUAUUUGGUAAACCCAAACCCAUCUUCUGAAUCAUCAUCACCCAUUUCUGGACAAAAGUUUGAAUCUUUGGCCUUAACCCACUUGCAAAACCUCAAAAAGAUUGGAUUUUUACCUUUAAAAGAUCUCAAUUUGUUGGUGGUUUUAAGCAAUACAGCUCAAGAAAUCAAGCCUUCAACAAAGAGGAAAUUGACAUACAUUCUUCCCGGUUCACUCCCCCCUCUAAUUGGGGUUGGGCCUACAAUUUCCCCACCAAGCCCACCACAUUACGGGUUAAGCCCAGCCCAUUCCCCUCACCCUCACCCCCACCACCACCACUACCAGCCACCACCCUGCAACCCAUCCCCGCCACAGGCGGCGGCGGCGGCACCAGGGCCUGAGGCUGAGCCAAGGAGAGAGAAACUCUGGUGCGUGGCGAAACCGAGUGUGCCAACAGAGACAUUGCAAGAAGGAAUGGAUUAUGCUUGUGGUGAAGUAGGAGCAGAAUGUGAUGAAAUUCAACCAGAUGGGAAUUGUUAUUACCCAGAUUCUCUUGUUUCUCAUGCUUCUUAUGCUUUCAAUAGUUAUUGGCAGAAGACUAAGAUUAAUGGUGGCACUUGUAGCUUUGGUGGUACUGCUAUGCUCAUCAAUUCUGACCCAAGUUUUCUUCAGUGCAGAUUCAUGGUGGUUUGAUUUCAAGUCUACAAUGGGAAAGAUGAAUAGUCGUAGUUUAAGGUUAUGGGUUAUUUGUUGUUGGUUUAGUGUAGUUAAUUACUGUUUUUAGUGUUAGUUACUGUUUUUAGUUAAUUUUUGGAGUACCAAAAAAGCUGUGUAAGUAAGUACUUGUACUACUUUAGCAUGUUAAAUGUAUGAGUAUAUAUGAUGGCUUUAUUCGAACAAAAAGGAGGAUUAUGAGUAUCUAAUCGUAAUAUAUAAUUGUAUUUAUCUGCUGCUAA